CAUUCCAGAGUGCACAGCUUUUUGAGUGAAGAAGUGGUCCAACAUUUUUCGUUCAUCCGUUCAAAAGUUGCUCAAUUUAUGCGAUCAAUUUGCAUUCUUUGUACAGUGGCUCUGAAAAGACAUCAACUGCGUAGUGUGUGCUAACUAAGCUACCAUACACUCCCCGCCCGGCGUAUUGGAUACCGCCAUUCACUUCAUGUACAUGUGCUGAUGUAGGGUGUACUGUACAUGCACAUAAACCAGUAUCGCAAAUACCGCAUGGGUUAAAGGUCAUAAUGGAAGACCCCGAUGACCUCCAUGUCUGUCUGAAGUGCCAUGACCAGAUUGUAGGGCUGGACAACUACAUUGAGCACAGGAGGUCAAAGUGCCUGGGGAAGCCUAAGGAAGAUGGAAACUCAAGUGGCGCAGUUGAAGACACUGAAGAGACAGUUGCUCAGAUUCCUUCAGGGAUCUCACAGGAGAAAGAAACCAGCACAAACAAUGUGCUUGAAGAAGACACCAAUAAAAGCAUGGCAGUUGAAGAACCAACGGGAACAUCAACAGCCACCCAGAAUGACGGCAAACUUGAUCAACAGCAACGGAAAAGAGGGCGCCCCAAGAAGAUUCCAAGCACCCCUAUCGGAGAGGGAUCUGCUGAGAUGAAAAAGGGAUCUGGUCGCCCUCGUAGGAUGAAACGGCCUCCGUUAUUGUCCCACUUGUAUGUAGAUUUUCCCGGAGGGCUCCAGGAGAAGAAAAAAGCCAAAACCCGGCAGCCUGUUAACCCAAAGAGGUUGCGUGUGCCAGUUUACGAGCCAGAAAGGAGUGAAAGUGGCACAGGCAGUGAAAGCGAAGAUGAAAAAGGCACGAGGAACCUCGGAUCGAAAACGAGCAACAGAGGAAGAAAGCCCAAGAUACCCUUAACCGAGGAGGAGGAGACUCUUUUGGCCAAGUCCAAGGUGAAGAAUCUUUACCAAUGCAAACCUUGUGGCUUUUCUACCACCAACAAGCACUCGCAGCUGAAACACUUCAGGACCAUCAAGCACUUGGAGAGUAUCGGCAGUGGCAACCCAGAUUCGGUGUUCCGGUGUGACGAAUGUCCCGUCAGAUUCUUCAGUGAGCAGGGUCUGCAGAGGCACAAAAUCCGCCACGAGCAGCAGUGCAGAUGCAGCAAGUGCGACGCCGAGUUUGAGACGAGGAGGGAGCUACAGAAUCACGUCAAGACUGAGCACGCCCAGGAAAAGCCUCCACGAGAGCGAGAUGGGGGAAGCUUGGAGGCAUGCAAAGAAUGCGGCAAACAUCUGUCCAAGGCUUACAUGAAGAUCCACCUGCGCAUCCACACAGGUGAGAAACCAUUUGCCUGUGACAUUUGUCCGUUCAGAUUCAACCAACUAGGAGACCUGAAAAUGCACAUGAAGAGGCACUAUGGCAUCAAGGACCACAAGUGCUCACUCUGCAACUUUGUUACCGUCAAGGCGUCGAUUCUCAAGAAUCACAUGAAGCUGCAUACAAAAAGAGAGCGGACAGAAGCUUGCCAUUUGUGCGAACAGAAGUUCUACAACCAGGGACUUCUGAAAUCCCACAUUCGCUUGAAGCACCAACCAUCCCGGAUCCAUGAAUGCACAUUCCCUGACUGCACUUACAAGUUCAAGUUCCGCAUGGAACUGGUGACUCACAUGCGCAAGCACACCAAUGAGAAGCCGUUCCUAUGUAGUGUGUGUGGUUACUCUGGCUCCACCAAGCAGGCGUUGUCGAGACACUUCCGCAAGCACACUGGCGCCAAGCCCUUCAAGUGUGACUUUCCAGGCUGCAACUACAUGGGCCGUGUUUCCACCCACCUGACCCGACACAAACGACUCCACACCGGUGAGAAGCCGUACAAGUGCCCAUACUGCAGUUACCGUGCCAACACCCACGAGAACGUGCGCAAGCACAUCCGUGGAACAAAGAAGCAUGCCGGAUUUGCCGUCUAUGUGUGCAAGUUCUGCUCAGAAAUGAAAACAGACCUGUAUCAAGAGCUGGUGGAUCACAUGCGGCAAGUGCAUGCUGAUGACUACGUCACCUUUGACCAAGUUUCCCACCAGUCGGGACUCCUUGCAGAUAAAGAGGAGCCCCCGAAUGAAGCAAGUGGUAAGCCAGACACGCAGGAGGACACAAGAGAGGCAGAGGAGAUGGACAUGGCAACCAACAAACUCAGCCAGGAUUUGCAGCUGGCAACCGAAGUUGACCAAAAUAUGCAGGUCAGUGCAGCAACCGAGGGCAACGGCCAAGAUCUAAAGAUAGUGGUCAGCGACAGCCAAGUGGUCGGAGAGGCGGGGCAGGACCUGUGCAAAGAGUACAUCCUCUGCCAGGUCAUACAAGAUGGCAGACAGCAGCAACCCCAGAGGCAGGAGGGUGGGAUGGAGGCGGGGACAGAGGACACUGAAAGAUCUGAGGGGGCUGUGGCUGAACACCCUGGGGAGAUACAAGAGAUUCAGAUGGUAGCUGUGGAAGAAGAGCAAGCUACGGAGGCCAUUGAGAUGAUCCUGAGGCAGGCUGUGUCUGGCGGAUCCGGUGGCUCCCAGGAAUACAUUAUUUACUGAAUAUCAACAAGGAUAAGUGUAACAUCAAAAGUAAAAUGAGUUUCAGGGGCUAAAUUACAUUCUCAGCAAACAUAAGUUGACAACUUCAAAAGUUGGACAUUGCUAUUGAAAAUUUUCAAUACUUCAUGUACAUACUACAAAAAUAAAUUUGAAGAGGAAGAAAUUACAUGUUAGCUAAUCUAGCCAAUGCCGAUACGUGUUACUUUCAUAUGGAAAUAUAAAAAUUACUUUCAAUCAUUCAGGUUUUGGAUGAUGUGAUUGUGUUUUUCAUAAAGUUAAAGUUCACUUUGCACAUUGCAUUUGUCAAGUUUUUUGAAAAUGCAGGUGUACACUGUAAAUGCAAACUCUGAAUAAAAAAACUAUGGAAACCCCAAUUCACAGGAAAGAUAACAGAAAAAGUACAUGUAAAGUUCGUUUUUUAAGUGAAAUUUUGCAAUCAUAUAAAUGUAAGUCACACACUGAAAAGUAAAACAGGAAAUUAUCUUUUUCUCUCAAAAAAUUGGAUGGCUAGAGCACACAACAUAAUCCAGCUUCUGUAAAGAUAUGAUUUUGUUCACCGACUUUAGAUAUUCAGCUGUGUUGUGCAUUAGCGCACAAUGGGCAUUACUUAUUCUCUUCACAGGUUUUGUGCACUGUGCUUUCCUCAUUCAACAUGCUGAUAGAGCAUGUGCAGAAAGAUUCAUGGGCUGAUAUCUGUAUCAUGAAGUAUGUUCACUUAAUAUCAUCUUAAUAUAAUUUUGCAGAUUGUGAAAUCAGUUGUUCAGUAAUACUCGUGAGAUGCACUCCAUGUACUGUAUGUUGGCUGCAGCCUGGUGUUUGAGGUAUGUUGAGGGAAUGUUUGAGGGAAUUAGGUUCUUCAAUGUUGCACUGAGUGGACAGAGGCCUAGACGGUAAUUGCUUUGCCAACAGUAUACAGUAUAUCUGUUAAUGAAUGAGUUUGUUUCUUGGUAAACUUUAUGAUUUGUGAGUGAACACGUGUAUACAUACAAAAACUGAUGAACUUUUCCUGAAAAUCCUGCAUAUAAAGAAAAUACACGUGGGAACAAUUUGUUAUUGAUUUGUUGACCCCACAUUAAUGUGAAUGCUAAGUGCUACUAUUCAGUAUAAACCUUCACCAGCUUAAUGCAUUAAACUUACAGUUUUACUCAACGACACUGUACAUGGAUUGUUCAGUCAGAAAGGGAAUUUGUUACACAUAUUGGUUGUCAUUGGUUCUAUGGUUUCAAACGAAAGACAGACAUUGAUCUGAACUUGGAUGUAAAGCUGGAGAGAGGAGGAACAGCGGCUGGAAUGCCAUUUGAGUACAUGUCAAUUGUACUCUUCAAGGGCAGGAGCAAUGCUGACAUGAUUGAUUGCAUGUGUUGGUUGUAUUUAGUUAUUGGUAGAUACAUGUAGAUGCAAGAAUGGAUCACUUUGCAACACUGAUCAAUAGUGAAGUCUUGCACCCAAGAUUGUGCACAGUUCUAGAAAUGAAAGAAUGCAUCAACUCCGCUGGAAGUCUUGGGGUCUGUUUGCUUUGCAUGGAUCUGGACUGCGAUCAGUGACCAGUCAUUGGUUCACUGACACCAUGCCUGCCUAAUGGAUGGAGCAAACCAGUGAUGGGAUCACUGAUUGAGAUCCAGAUCCAUGUGAAACGAAAAGGCCCUUAGUCUAGUACUACAUGUACAUUAUUGUGGCAUGGUACACAUCCUGUUCGUAACUACAUGUAAUGAAUUGAAUGGAUGAAUUUAGUCUUUCUGUUGAAACAACUUCAAAUAAAGUAAGGAUCCAUUUUCCAAAAUA